AUGUCGCCAUCGCACACCAUUUCCACCCAUCUCUGCAAGCAGAUCUACACUUCCUGGCAGCAGUCGCGCCAGAGCAACGGCCAGCUGCCCGUGGCGGUCGACCCAACACUAGUCCCGUCCGUCCCGUACCCGGCCCGGAGGUCUCCCUCCCCGGAGAAGCGCUCCAUGGACAGCGACCGCAGUGAUGCUGGCGUGCCCAUGAGCCGCUCGUCGAGUCAAGGCAGCUGGACCUGGGGAAGUCGCUAG